AUGAAGGCAUCGUUGGAGGAAUUGAAAUCAGCUAUGAUGCUUGGCAAUACUUUGCUUGUCCAAGAGUUAUUGGAGGAUUUUAGAGCCGAUGAUGCUGCUAAUUGGUCAAUAAUAAUAUCGUCACAACCAUCAUCACGUCGCCGUCGCCGUCGGAAUAGUAAUAAUGACAACAAUCACAAUCGAGAGAAAUUCCCAAUGUCAAUGUUAGAACUGGCCUGUGAUCUAGACGAUCCAGAAAUUCUGGAAAUGCUAUUGCAGCAUGGUGCGAAUGCAAAUGUCAUGUCUGGUGGCCGUCAUGGUUGUUACGAGACGCUACUACAUACAGCCUGCAGACGUAAUAAAUUCGACCUUGCGGAAGGGUUGCUGGACCAUGCGUGGCGCGGAUUUGGAAAUUACCAACAAGAAUGGACAAACUCCCCUACAGAUUGUGACUAG